AUACGAUGUCGUCGACAAUUUUACGAUGGUUCUUAAUAGCUUUCUUCGAUUAUUGGAUUAUUUUGUUUCUCUCUGGUAUAAAAGAGCAUCGCUAUUGUACAACACCAACAUUAUUGAACACGUUUGGUUGAUAAAGAUAAUAAUUGGAGCUAUGAUGAGAAAAUGCGACCAGCAUCUGCUGACUUGAAAAUGAAUCUAUUAAAAUAGCCAGUCAAAUUUACCAAAAUGGAACUACGAUGGAAGGGUUGGAUGUGCUCCAUACCCAUAAUGUUGGCGGAGCUCAUAUUCUUCGUAUACAAGACCGGAGAAUCCAUGCUGGACGCCACCAUAAGGCCGUACAUUAUCCGUGUCGUCUGUCACUCUAGAUUUCCAACGAACGAUUCAUUAUGCCGGAAUUUAGACUCGUUUCCGGUGCUUGAAGAUGAGAUCCAAUCUGAAGCCGGAAGUUACCUGAUUUAUUACAGGAUGUUGGUGAACUUCCCGGCCAUAUUUUUAGGACUGUUUUGCGGCGCGUGGAGUGAUAAAUAUGGACGAAAAAUUCCAAUGAUGUUGCCUAGUCUAGGAAGCGUAUUUUCAGUGUUAUUGUACAUGUUGAGCUUAGCGUCAACUAAUCAUGCCAUAGUUUUUAUACUCAUCGGAGCUCUGGUUCAAGGAUCGUUUGGUAAAAGUUCAGUCAUAACAAUGGCUGUAAACAGCUAUGCAUCAGAUAUUACUGACAAAGAUGAUCGAACGCGAAAGCUCGGUAAAUUAUUAGCAAUGAAUUUCUUUGGAUUGUUCGCAGGCGCACUUUUGGCGGGAAUUUUCCAAGACACGUCUGACAUUCCCGCCACUUUUUGCACCGUAGUAUUUUUGCAUGCAGUAGUUGUUCUCAUAACAAUCAUAUGUAUGCCAGAGACCGUACCAUUACAAGUGGAAAGAGCAGACGCCGAGAUUUCUAAAGGACGUGGAAGAAAAAUGCUAAUAUGUGAAAACGUACGAGAAUCGUUGAGUGUUCUUGGAAGAAAGCGAGUGAAUCACGGCAGAAAACUGAUACUGUUACUUUUCUUGAUAUCGUUGAUGAACCAAACAUGCAAAGUCGGUGAAACUGACAUUACUUUGCUUUUUGUAACCCAUAGUCCUUUAAGCUGGCCAAAAUCUUGGUAUGGUUACUUGUUGUCUGUGGAUUACGCGGUAAUGGGUAUGUGUCUGAUAGUGGUUCUACCUAUUCUAUCAAAUGUAUUAAAUCUGCCAGACGGCGCUAUCGUGAUAAUUGGUUUACUGUGUAAAAUAAUACGGCUUUUCUGGGCUGGUUUUAUCCAGGACUCUUGGAUGGUCUAUGUAUCGGUUAUAAUUGGGUCAUUUGCUGGAAUGAUAACUUCAGCUAUACGAUCACUGAUGAGCAAAGCCGUUGAAGAAAAUGAAAUGGGAAAAAUGUUUUCGCUACUUGCAAGCGCAGAAACUGCUUCAAAGCUGUUAGGAACGGUGAUAUUUGUAAGCCUGUAUGGGGCCACUGCUUACUUCUUCCCAGGAUUUGCCUACAUAGUAGAAGCCAUUUUAUACAUGAUCAUGCUGUUGAUUAUGGUGUUAGUGUAUAGAGACUUGAAGAAAAUUGGAACGUACGACUUAAUUUCUGCUUUUACUGAUACUCAGAUUUUCCGCAGUGAAAAACAAGGAUUAAUUGCGGGAAAACAGCUCGAAGUUGUGGAUGAAUUAGAAGAGGAGCCCUCUGUACCAACACCGCUUCCGGCAUAUACUCCUUGAUAGAGAUAUAAAAAAGGAGAUGAACAUGUGAAAAGCAUGCCUGUUAUAUGUAUAUGUUCAAGUUAAUUGAUGUUGAUGUAAAAAUGAUCAGCAUUAAAGUUUAUUGCAAAGAA